GUGAAGUCGCCGCUUUCAAAGCGUUUACGGGAAAAAGUGCAAAUAAAAAAUAAAAUUUUCAAUAAGUGCAAGUGAACAGCCCAAGUGGGUUCAACAUUGAUUUGGAAUCAUGCCCAAGCCGGACAAAAUAAAGCAAAGGGCGAAAUUUAAAGAAGAAGACGACGAAGAUGAAGGAUCAUCGGAUAUUGACGAAAAAGAUUCUGAGGAUACAGUAGUGCAGGAGCGUGAAAGCCAGGAUAGCCAGGAUGAUGGCGAGGACAUGGAGGCGGAUAGCGAUGAUGACGACGACAGUGAUAGUGAUGACAAUAAUGAAAAUGGUGGCAAUGGUGGGAAUAGUAACAAUGGUGGCAAUGGUGGGAAUGGUGGCAAAGGUGGCAAUGAUGGCGACGAUGACGACGAUGACGAUGACGACGACGACGACGACGACGACGAUGACGAUGAUGACGACGAUGACAAAACAGAGGAUGAAGACGCUGCUGAGAAAAGCAAAUCGACAGCUAGUGAUAUUAAGAACAAUCAGAAUUCGAAAAUGCAGCAGCAGUCACAGUCACAGAAUGUAGAAGAUUCCGAUGAAGAUGACGACGAAGAGGAAGACGACGAUGAAGACGAGGACGAGGACCAACAGCAACAGCAGCAGCAGCAGCAGCAAAAGGAACAACAACAGCAGCAGCUGCAGCAGCAACAACAACAGGAGAAACAACACAACAAACAUAAGCAACAAACACAGCAUCGUCAACAGCCACAGAUGCAACAUCGUCAACAACAACAGCAGCAGAACAAACAGAGCAACACCAGCGGAGCUGCGGCCACUGGUGCUGCAUCAGCCGCUGCCGCCGCCAACACUGCUGAAGAUCGCACAAGCGCUACGAAUCUGAUCAUAAACUAUUUACCACAGGAUAUGACAGAUCGUGAGUUGUACAGAUUGUUCAGCAGUUGCGGCUCCAUCAAUACAUGCAAAAUUAUGCGUGACUAUAAGACGGGAUACAGCUUUGGCUACGGCUUCGUUGACUACAACUCGGAGGUCGACUCUGAGGAGGCAAUUCAAAAACUUAAUGGAUUUUAUGUGCGUAAUAAGCGUUUGAAGGUUUCAUAUGCACGACCUGGCGGGCAAUCGAUCAAGGACACCAACCUGUACGUGAUCAAUCUAUCCCGCAACAUUAACGAUGAUCAGCUGGAUAGAAUAUUUUCUCCAUACGGUCUGAUCGUCCAACGUAACAUCUUGCGGGAUAAACUAACCGGUCGUCCACGAGGCGUAGCAUUUGUACGUUAUAAUAAGCGCGAGGAAGCACAGGAAGCAAUUAAGGCACUCAACAACACCGUGCCGGAGGGCGGCUCACAGCCGAUUUGGGUGCGCCUGGCUGAGGAGCACGGCAAGGCGAAGGCUGCACAGUUUAUGUCGCAAAUUGGCGGGGGUCCGCAUAUGGGACAGCCGCAGCCACCGCUGCCACAUCACAUGGGCGGCCAUAUGCAGCAGCAGCAGGUGCCGCAUCAUCCACAGCAGAUGCACCACCAACAGCAGCAGCCACACCAUCAGCAGCACCAUCCACAACACCAUCAUCAACAUCAGCAGCAGCAUCAUCAUCAUCAGCAACAUCACAGUUUGCCACCGCCGCCACACCACCACAUGCAACAGUUGCAUCAUCAUCCGCACGGAGGUGGCGGCGGAAUGGGUGUCGGUGUCGGCGUCGGUGUCGGUGUCGGUCUCCCACAGCCGAUGCAUGGCGGUGGCGGGGUUGUCGGCGGCGGCGGCGGCGGCGUCGGCGGCUAUCACCACAAUAUGGCACACAGAGCUGCAUCACACAGGUGAAGUGUUCAUGCUGCCAUUGCCAAUCACUAUAAUGCCAAUGCCCCGACCACAAGCAGAGCGGCUGCAGC